AGCAAAAAAUCCAAAAAUCCAAAAUCCCUGCUCGGUUUUUAGUGGAAAAGUGCGGUUUCGGUGAAAAUUCCUCGUCAUGGAUACCCCUAGCGCGGAGACUGAGCCGGACUAUCUCGAGUCGGACAAAACGCGGCUCUCGCUGGCGGAAGAUUUUCCCAACUUCCGCGACUUUCAGGUAGUGAAGAUGGUUCAACACUUUCGAGUGAUCACGGACGGGUCGGAAGAGCGGCUGCGGCUCGGCUUUAAAUGCAAAACGUGCGGCGAAUGUUUCAACAAAACCAUGGCCCUGUUGGGUCACAUACGAGUGCACUUCGAGAAAGAUCACACGUGCAGCGUGUGUGGCAAGUAUUUCUUCGAUCCGGCCAAACUCGCGACCCACUUCAAAGCCAAACACGCGGUGAAUACGAUAAAAUGCCAGCUCGGGUGUGGGAAGUACGCAACGACCAAUUUCAAGAGCUUGCAGGUGCACUACGAGCAGUACCACUACGUGAAGAUCCGGAUGCAGGAAGUUCGCAAAAUGGACGAAGCCAUACGAAGUGGCGGAGCGGUCAUGACGGAGCUCGUCAACACGCCUCCGAAGCAUCGCCGACCUAUUAAAAAGACCCGUAUUAUUCGUAAAGUAGGUAACGAACAGGGGGAAGACUCACUGGACACUUCGGUAGUGGAACAGGAGGAUGCACAAAGCGAGGAGUACGGUAUGAAUGCUGACGGUUUCAUCGAGGAAGGAAUGGUUUGUGACCAAAUGCAGUGCUGUGUCUGUGGUGCAAUAUUUGGCAACGAUCAGCAGCUGGCUCUGCACGAAAGCACUCACACCAACCCGUUCGAAUGCAGUUUCUGUGAAACGGAGUUCAGUGAGCUGGAAGAAAUACGCGAACACUAUCAUAGUAAGCAUCGAACGGAUAGUGGAGCCAAACAGUUUGUUAUCACCAGCGUGCCGCAGCAAGAAGUCACACAGCAACCCAUAAUGUCACACCAAGUCAUCCAAAACCAUACAGUUCAGCAACAACAACCACAGCAACAACAACAGCAACAGCAGCAACAGCAGCAGCAUCAACAACAGCAGCAGAUACAACAGCAACAACAGCAGCAGCAGCAACAGCAACAGCAGCAUCAACAGCAGCAGCAGCAACAGCAACAGCAGCAUCAACAGCAGCAGCAGCAACAGCAGCAGAUACAGCAGCAGCAACAACUUCAACAACAGCAACUGCAUCAUCAGCAACAGUUACAGUUACAGCAACAGCAACAACAACAGCAGCAUAUACACCCGAUAACUCCAACGGCACAGUUCAUAUCGAACCAAAACCCGAGUGGCAUGACUACGAUGCUGGUGAUGCAGAACGGGAUGUUUAUUCCUGUGCAUACCAUCGAUAGCUCCCAACUGGCAGCGGUUAACCCCUUCCAGCAAGCCAACAUCACUCAGAUUGGACAAAAUCCGAUCACGUGGCCUAUAACUGCCACACCGAUCACUGCUAAUCAUCACCCUCAGCCACAGGCAAUACUGCCCCCGGUGCAUAACCAGAUAGAAAUAAUUCCGCUUCAUGGUCCUGCACCGGCACCGCAGCAUGCAAGCCCCGCACUGAACACCGUCUGUAUAGCACCACAGCAUCUGCAGCAAGUUAGUCAUCCACAUACAAUCGGUAAUGUUAUCUCUGGCGCGGCUCCGGGUAGCGGUGGUAGUUUUGUUAUAAACUCGAUAGCAUCAAUUGAUCCUGCAUAUCUGAAACAAGUCGAUCCGGCACAGCAUCAGCAGCAGCAACAGCAACAGCAACAAGCGCAGCAUCCACAGUUUCACACGUAGUAGCGAAUCGAUGAAUGCUAUGCUCGUAGCUAGCUCACCAGAAUAGCAGAACAAAAGGUGCUUGAUUGAUAGGAAUAAAAUGCGUGAG